UAUGAUCGGUAAUGAAUUGAGAUUAAAUGGUUGCUUGGUUUUUGCCAUAGCAUUUUGGCCUAAUAGUGAACGACAUGUGCUACUACAUUUUAUGGGCUGUUGUUGUAUUUGUGAUUUGGCCAGCAAGCUAAGUUAUUCAAGUUUGCUUGGGAGCAUUAAUCCUAUGAGCAGAUCUAGAGUUUAUCAAGCUGUGGCAGAAGAAGAUAUUGAAGCUGAUGCCAAGGGCAAUGAUGUUGAUCUCAGUCUGAUAUUGAUCAAUGUGAAGCAUAUUACGAAGCUGCUAGGGGAACAAGGAAGAGAAGAAUAUAUGGUCUUGGAUCUCAAGCACAAAGUUAUCUGCUUUUUGUUGGAAAGAACAAAAUUAUGCACUAAUAAUACUUGAUGGAUGUGUGGGUUCUUUUGGUAGUUGACAGCUUGGUGUUGUCGGUGUUUUGGACUUAAC